AAUGUUUCUCUUUUGGCACAUUAUAUAUUUUCUUGAAUAUUUUCACAUAGGAGGUAUUUUGUGCAUACCUAUGUUUAUGGGACAAAACCAGCGAAGUCACGAACCUCUGCUUACUCAUUUGUGGUACUUGGUCAAGUCUACUUAACCUUUUUCUGGCGUUUCCAACGUGUCAUGUGUUGUUGCUCAAUUCCACCACUUACUAGGCUGCUUGGGUAUAAUCCUAUCUGACUGAUCUAAUUUCUAGUUGUAUGCCAAACCGCAUGUGAAGGUAGGAACUACAACUGCAGUCUAGCACCGCUGCAGCUCACAUUUAUCUGACAGCUACUGAGCUGUGUCUUGUGGGCCACGACAGCAGUUCUGUCGCUCGUUGGUCUGCGGAACUACUUGACCGUUUCUCACCAUAAACCCACUCCCUUAAUUCUGCAAGCAGCCCCUCUCACUACUUAGCUCUUUCCUCGAGUGUGUUUCCGGGGCAAUCUUGGACAAGCGGAAUCGAGCGGGUCAUGGCCUUCCUUAGGAGCGCAGUUUGGCGAGUGUUCUCAGCAGUGAGGCCUCCUCUUUCUCCGCUGUGCCGGACAAGCACUCGGUCCUACAGCUCGGAGCCCACCAAGGAAAAGAGUGUUCCCUAUGAGAAGACACUCAAACAGGAGGAUGGAGCCUCCUCAGGACCCACUAAGCCAUUACCCAGGUCAGCUGAUGCGGUGGUGAUUGGAGGAGGAAGCCUGGGCUGUCAGACCAUUUACCACUUGGCCAAAAUGGGAAUGACUAAUGUAGUUCUACUGGAGAGAGACAGACUGACUGCUGGCACCACCUGGCAUACUGCAGGCCUCCUGUGGCAGCUGCGACCCAGUGAUGUUGAGGUAGAGCUCUUGGCCCACACCAGGAAUGUGAUUAGCAAAGACCUAGAGGAGGAGACGGGUCUCCAUACAGGCUGGAUCCAGAACGGAGGGCUCUUCAUUGCUUCCAACAAGCAAAGACUUGACGAGUACAAGCGCCUCAUGUCGCUGGGCAAAGUUUAUGGUAUUGAGUCCCAUGUCCUUUCACCGGCUGAGACGAAGGACCUGUAUCCUCUGAUGAAUGUCGAUGAUCUUUAUGGAACACUGUAUGUUCCAAAAGACGGCACCAUGGACCCUGCAGGUACCUGCACAACCUUGACCAGGGCAGCCACUGCCCGAGGAGCCACGGUGAUUGAAAACUGUCCUGUAACUGGCAUUCAAGUGCGAACUGAUGAUAUUGGUGUGAAGAGGGUAAAGGCAGUGGAGACACAACAUGGAACCAUUGAGACACCUUGUGUGGUGAACUGUGCAGGUGUGUGGGCCACCAAGCUGGGAGAAAUGGCCGGAGUCAAGGUUCCUCUCAUUGCUAUGCAUCAUGCCUAUGUGGUAACAGAGAGAAUCGAGGGCAUACAGAACAUGCCAAAUGUCAGGGACCAUGAUGCGUCAGUGUACCUGCGCCUUCAAGGUGACGCUCUGUCUGUGGGCGGUUAUGAAAGAAACCCCAUUUUCUGGGAUGAGGUGUCUGAUAAGUUCGCCUUCAGCCUGUUCGAUCUGGACUGGGAUGUCUUUAUGCAACAUAUUGAGGGUGCAGUCAACAGAGUUCCUGCUCUGGAACAGACUGGCAUUAAGUCCACUGUCUGUGGACCAGAGUCAUUCACAGCAGACCAUAAGCCUCUGAUGGGAGAAACACCAGAGGUCAGAGGUUUCUUCCUGGGCUGUGGCUUCAACAGUGCUGGCGCUUUCAUAACUCGCUGACAGACAACAAACGGUGGAUCAGAGAGAGGAGUCACGAGUCGUAUGCUAAGAACUACUCUUUAGUGUUCCCCUUUGAUGAGCCGCUGGCCAGCCGAAACAUGAGGAAGGAUCCUUUCCACCAGGUGCUCACAGAGCAGGGCUGCAUGUUCCAAGAGCGGCAUGGCUGGGAGAGACCUGGCUGGUUCAACAAAGAAGGACCUGCUCCUGUUAAAGACUAUGAUUAUUACGGAGCUUACGAUGUGAAGAGGAAUGAAAAGUACAAAUACGAUGAACUGCUAGGUCAAGAGUACACCUUUGACUUCCCUCCACAUCAUGACGUGAUUAAGAACGAGUGCCUCUCAUGUAGACACAGUGUGGCUGUGUUUGACAUGUCCUACUUUGGAAAGUUCUAUCUCACUGGACCCGAUGCCAAGAAGGCAGCUGAUUGGCUGUUCACUGCUGAUGUCAACAAGAAGCCAGGUACCACUGUGUAUACCUGCAUGCUGAAUAAAAGAGGAGGGUCAGAGGCCGACCUGACUGUGAGCAGACUGGAGCCUGGUGUGGCCAACCUGCCCCUGGCACCAGAAUCCAGCGGUGAUGCAUAUUACCUGGCCAUUGGAGGCGGUGUGGCAGAACACAACUGGAACCACAUUAAAACAGUUCUUCAGGAUCAAGGCUUUCGCUGCCAGUUGACGGACCACUCUGAGGACAUGGGGAUGAUCAGCAUCCAGGGGCCCAAAAGCCGGGAGGUAUUACAGGAGGUUUUAGACACAGACCUGAGCAACGAAGCUUUCCCCUUCUCCUCACACAAAGUUGUUAUUGCAGCAGGACAUCAGGUGCGAGCUAUGCGCCUGUCAUUUGUCGGAGAGCUCGGCUGGGAGCUGCAUAUUCCCAAAGAUUCCUGCCUUCCAGUCUACCGUGCUGUCAUGGCUGCUGGUGCAAAGCACGGCAUCAUCAACUCAGGCUACAGAGCCAUCGACUCGCUCAGCAUAGAGAAAGGGUACAGGCAUUGGCACGCCGACCUGCGCCCUGAUGACACACCACUGGAGGCGGGGCUAGCCUUCACCUGCAAGCUGAAGAGUUCAGUCCCUUUCCAGGGUCGUGAUAUGUUAGAGAAACAGAAGAAGGAGGGACUGAAGAGGCGCAUCGUCUGCUUCACCACUGAUGAGAAAGUCCCGAUGUUUGGUCUGGAGGCUAUUUACCGCAAUGGUGUUCCUGUUGGUCACCUCCGACGUGCCGACUAUGGCUUUUAUAUCGACAAAACUAUUGGUUAUGGAUACAUCCGCAAUCCAGAUGGAGGAGUGGUUAGCGCUAACUUCAUAAAGAGUGGUGAGUUUACCCUGGAGAGGAUGGGAGUAGUAUACAAGGCCAAAGCACACCUCAAAUCUCCUUUUGACCCUGAGAAUAAGCGUGUCAAGGGCAUCUAUGAUUGAGAUCAGACCACACAUGUAAAAACUGACGAAAAACACACCAUCUACAGAACGGCACCAGAGGUGGAGGGAUUUACAACCUUUUGUACGAGCAGCUGUUUUUGUCUUCUGUCAAAUACAAGUUCAUCUCAAAUGUUGUUAAUUUUGUUCUGAUUUGAUGGGACUCAUGUGCGUAUGAUCGAUUUUAUGCUCAUUUGUAAAAUGUUGCAUGUUGAAAGCUGGUGAAAAAUGUGCAUCAGUAAAAAUCAGAUAU